AUGAAACCCACAAAACAAGACACCAAAAUGAUGAACGCGACCACGCAAAGUAGAAGUAGCUGCCCGAUCUGGGGAGUCCGAGGACGGAGUCUGGCUCCAGACUAUUAGAUCCCGAGCCCUCGAUUCCUGAAACUUUUGGAGCGGCCUUAGGCUGGCGCCACCAACGUUCAGCAGCAGCUUGGGGCGGCGGCUGCAGAUCGGCUCCAAAUCGCACAAGUCGAGGUUGCAGCUUCACUCCAACCACCGGCAUCAAUAGCACCACCGACGACGAAAAAGACGGAGACGACCAAGGAGAACCAAGCACGUUAA